UCCGUCACUUUUGGCAACGUGCCAAUAGACUUACUACCGGGAGUAAAAACCAAAUUUCAUAAGGAAAUAUAUUUGUAUGGGCCGAUUUUCUGGUUUUCGAUAUCGAAAAAGAUUUAUCUAUUAACAAUGGGGAAAACGCACGGGAUGUUUAUUAACAUAACUUAUUAAAGAAUUAAAAAAGAGGACAGCUGAAAUGCUCUGAGAUCAUAUACUUUUAUGAUUGAAAAAAAAAAUAUUGGGUUCCUGUACAGAUUUCCAACAAGGCAUAGUAGGAAGCUGCUUAGAACUGCUGGAUAGACUAGAGGCUACAAGCAGAUAAGAAGACAUCUGAGGGCUUGGUGAAAGAAGCAUAUUUUGUUCUUGAAAAUUCAUCGUUCACCUUAUAGAGAUUCUUUAUUAAAAUCACAAUUAUUUUGCUAAAUAUGACAAACCUGCUGAUAUACUAUAACUUAGUAAUAAUAAAAAAAUUAAUAACUUAAACUAAUAAAAAUUAUUUUUCACUUUUUUUGAAAAAAGAUAUUUAUUUAAUUCAAUUAUAAAAUUUAAAUAUUCGUCUACUAAAUUUGAUUUUUUUCUUCUGGAUUAUUAAUAAGAAUAUGAUUAACGUAAAUAAUUAUUUAUUGCUUUUUAUACCACUAAAUGCUGUUUCGAAUGAUAGUCCUGGAACAAAUGAUGUGCAAAAGUCUACAACGAACAGUAGUCCUGAAACAAAUGAUGUGCAUAAAUCUACAACCAAUAGAAGUCCUGGAAUAAAUGAUGUGCAAAAGUCUACAAUCUAUAGUAGUCCUGGAACAAAUGAUGUGCAAAAGUCUACAACCAAUAGUAAUCCUGGAAUAAAUAAUGUGCAAACGUCUAUAAUGAGUAGUUAUCCUGGAACAAAUGAUGUGCGAAAGUCUACAACGAAUAGUAAUCCUGUAAGAAUUAAUGUGAAGAUGUCUACUACGAAUAUUAAUCCUGGAACAAAAAAUGUGCAAACAUCUAUAAUGAAUAGUAAUCUUGGAGCAAAUAAUGUGCAAUUUUCUUCUGCUACGAAUAAUAGUUCGGAAACAAAUGAUGCGCAAAAGUCUGUGGCGAAUAUUUCGGAAACAAAUGAUGCGGAAAAACCUGCCUUGAAUAACAGUCCUGAAACAAAUGAUAUGCAAAGACCUUCCACGAAUAGCAGUUCAGAAACAAGUACUAAAGCAUUAAGUCUAAAGCACCAAGACAAAGAUCACAUUUUUAAUAAAGAAAGACGUUAUGUUUGCGACGUGUGUGGUAAAGCGUUUCGACAAAAAGUUCAUUUACAGCAGCAUAUUCCAACUCAUUCGAAAGAAAAACCUUUCCCAUGUCCUAUAUGUAAAAAAUCAUUUUCUCGGAACGAACUUCUAAAGGAGCAUAAUUACAUUCAUUUACGUUUGAGGCCUUUUGUCUGCGAUUUAUGCGGCAAAGCGUAUGCUAGAAGAGACAAUUUGCAACUUCAUUCUAUUACUCACUUGGGUGAUGACCUUAAUGUAGAAAAAGGAUGUAAAACAUUUCCCAAGACAAAUGCUUGGUCAAUACAACAUCUUAUUGACAGAAAUGAGACAUCUUACAUUUGUGAUGUAUGCGGUAUGGUAUUUUCGCGGAAAGGUCAAUUCAUUAAACAUUCCCGGACUCAUGCUCGCAGAAAGCCUUUCGAAUGUUGUGUGUGUGGCAAAUCAUUUUCUGGAAAAAGUUACCUGCAUAAACACUAUCUUAAACACCCAAAUGCUAAACUGUCUGAUAUGGGUGAUGGUGCAUCUUCUCAGACAAACGAUUCACCAGAGCAUGAUCUUAUUAACAGUAGCGAGAAUCGUGAGUGUGAUAUGUUUGACCAUGAGUAUUCAAGAAGUGAUCACUUAAACGACCAUCACCGUACCCAUGCAAAUGAUAGUACCCAUGCAAAUGAUCAGCACAUUCAUGCAGAAGAAACGCGUUUUACAUGUGAUGUGUGCGGCAAGUCAUUUUCCCGUAAGUCCUAUUUGAAAGAGCAUUCUCAUCUUCACUCAAAGGAAAAACACUUUGUGUGCGAUGUUUGUAACAAAGCAUUUUCGCUGCGGAGUCAUUUAAAAAAACACUCUGCCAUUCAUAAUAAAACGAAAAUGUUCACUUGCAAUAUAUGCAACAAAAAUUUUUCAAAACUCUUCUAUUUAGAAUCACAUUAUCGGAUUCAUACUGGCGAAAAACCGUUUGUGUGUGCUGUAUGCAACAGAGGCUUCACCCGAAGCUCUACAUUGAAAAAGCAUUGCCUUGCUCACAAUAAAAAAAAAUCAGUCGACGAAGAUGCUUCGGACAUGAAAGGUUAGCCAUGCUCCUUUUGUCCGAAAAGUUUUACAAAGUUCUUCAAUUUGCGAACGCAUUAUCGAACUCACACUGGUGAAAAACCUUUUGCGUGCCAUGUGUGCAGUAAGGUGUUUACUCGAAAUAGCACUUUGAAAAGACAUUCUCUCAUUCAUUCUAAUGAAAUAUCACCUGAAAUGCCU